UCAACACUUGCACGCAAUUACCAAUCAAGUUGUGUGGAGCACAGAAGUACACCAAAGUUUCCAAACUCUGGAAAAAGACGGAGCAGCAUGAGAAACAUCGCGUGGGAGCUGCUCCAUCACCUGCCGAGUUUCAUGGAGUCGGACAGCAAAAGUUUUCAGCCAUGGAGAGACUACAUGGGACUGUCUGACACGAUCAAAGGGAUCCUGGGCCGGAGCGGCGCCAGCGAGGCGUCCGAUCCCACGCCUCCUGCUCCUGAACUGCAGACCGAUGAACUGUGCCGAGCGCUGCUCUCCGUGUGCAUCCGCUCCGCCUCCCCCCCUCGGGUCUACGAUGAGGUCCCGAUGGCAUCUCCUCAGUGCGUGGAUGCUUUAUGUUACGCACAACCCUUUUCCGGGGAAGCGGGGAGUUUGAAACCAGCGCAAAAACUUAAUGCCAGGGGCCCCAAGGGGCGCAAGAAGACUUCACGCUUCAGACCUCCGACAGUCGCGUCGUCUGAGCGAAUGUUCUGUAGUUUCUGCAAGCACAACGGAGAGUCCGAGUUGGUGUACGGGUCGCACUGGUUAAAGAACCAGACCGGGGAAGUUCUGUGCCCCUAUCUGCAGCAGUACGUGUGUCCACUGUGUGGAGCCACGGGAACCAAAGCUCACACCAAGCGCUUCUGCCCGAAAGUGGACAGCUCCUAUAGCUCAGUUUAUGCAAAGUCAAGACGCUAAACCAGCUGGACUGUUCAAAUUUAUCUGUGUGUUGUGUUUGAGUGUAUUUUUUUAUUUGCAUGCAUGUAGAAUAGCGGCGCAGCCUGACGCUGAGCUGAUUGGGGUGGUGGUCCAGCUGGGAAGGCUUUUGUUUUGUAAUCUAUGUAACGACGGUCAACAAAAUAUGGUAAAUGUUAGUUUGUUUGUUUGUUUGACAUUUUAAUCGUGGUCAACUUGUGUCCAUAUUCAUAUCUCCUGUCCAUGCAUUGAAGGAUUAUUAUUAACACGAAACCGAACCAUGAUGUUUUCAAUAUUUAAGCCUCACACGACUACAACUUUUUAUAAUUCGAGUUGUUCAUGUUCUCAGAUGUACAUGAUGCCUGUUCUUAGGUGUCACAUUUUAGUUAGAAAUGCAUGUUGAUUUUUAAUGUCUUUUGAGCUCUUUAUAAUGAGAA